CAGAUAACGAAAGCCGUAACAGCUAUUACAUUUUUGUAUUUUCUGAAAUUGUGUUUUCUGAGUUAAAUUGGAUUUAAAAGCUGAUAUCGAAACUCACAAUUUCAGCAUGUGCAACGGAAGUUAACCCUGCCAGACACACCGUCAUGUCUGCUGGUCCUAAGCCCAGAUAAAAUUGGACGGAUUUCCACAAAUGCAGUAGUUUUCAAUACAAUCGUUCAUACAGCCAUAACUGACUAUGAGUUGUGCGUGCAUAUUGAAUGGCAAAAGGAUGCAUGCUAUUAUUUGUAUAGUGACAACCAUCUUGCUGACGUUAGUUUUUCUGGUGCUGAUAACAGUCUGGGCGUUAGUAAGAACAACAUCAACUAUUCCCCAAGGAAGCUCUAUGUGCAUUCCUUGCGACAAAAUGAUGUCUAAAACUUACCAAAACUCGGGCCAAAAAGAUGAUCAUUUAGCUAUCAAAAUGAGAGAUGAUGGGAUGUGCUGUGGACCCGCCGAAAGCAUUGCUCAGAUGUUGUUACAAAAGGAUAUGGUUGAGCAGUUUUACGAAUAUAGGAAGAACAGUGCAGGUCUGCUUGAUAUAUUAGACGAUUCGGUACUUGCUGACUGUCAAAUGGAAACAAGCAACAAACAGCCCGUCUCGAAAAUUGUCGGAGUUGUAGAGUUCAAACCUAGCUACAUAGUUAGAGGUCAUUACAAACUCCUAAAACCGUCAGCACCAAUAUUGCGAAUAAUUGCAUCCACUUGGAACUCGAAGGAGAAAUAUUUGUACGACAGCCGGGCUACUACAUUGUUUCUUCGCAACUGAAUCUUAAACGACAAAAGGAGACAGGCACGUCUAGAAAUGAAACAAGGCCGACGAUCUUCAAUCAUCAUGUAGAUCUCUUUUCACACAAGUAUGGCACAACUGCUGUCCUGAUGCAAACUAAGGAAUCAAUUCAAAGAAAUGAAGGUUACUAUACAAGUUUCCUGUCGGCGGUUUUCAAGCUGAACUUGAAUGAUAGGCUCUCAGUGUCGGUAUCGAAUCCUGAUUAUUUAAAUAUUGACAACCCCAAUGACCAUUUUCUGGUUUACUAUACCUAUGAUCUGCCAAACUAACUUAAGACUUUAUUCGAUCAAGAAUUUUAGACCUCAUUGGAGUCCCUUAUAUUUCCACGAGCACAAAUUUUAAAAUAUGGCUGAACUAAGUGUAUACAUAAAUGAAAUCUAAAACGUAAAUGUCUUAGUACAAACCUUCUUUGUGUAAAUAUUAACCAUAACUUAACCUGGUACAUGCAUAUAACUUGUGUUUGUUAUAAAUUUAAUUCCAAACUAUCUCUGCUUUAGCCUUUACGUCAUUUUUCAAAUGAAAUUGUAGAUAUUUUCCAAUUUAUAUAAGUAUUAUGUCUUCGUUCGAUUAUUGUCGUUCCGUUUUACGGAAGCCCUGUUGAGACUUUUGAGUUUUUUUAUUAUUGGUUUGUAAUUACCUUUUUGUUAUUACCUUUUUGUUAUUACUUUUAAAUACUUUUUCGCCCGUUAUAACAUUGAAAGGCAUACAUGAAAGUUUGUUUUCUCGUAUAUGUCAAAGAUUUUAUUAAAUAUAACGUUUUUGUACAUUGCGACAAACGGAGUAAAGCACAUCUAAAAUGAAACCAGACAAACGACCUUCGUUCACCAUGAAGAUCCCCUUUCGCACAGGUACUGCAGACUGGUGUCCUGAUACAAAACAAGAAAUCAAAUAAAAAGAUGACGUUUAUUAUACUCAAGUUUCCUGUCUGUAUUUUUGAAGCGUUACACGAAUGAUAGGAUCUCUGUGUCUGCAUCGAAUACUUAAUAUUUAGUUAUUGACAACCCCGAUGAUCAUUCAUAGGUCAUUAUUCCUAUGAUCUGCCACACUAAAAUUAGGCUUAAUUUUAUCAAGAAACAAUUCGACGUCUUUUUUAUUUUCACGAACACAAAUUGAAAAAUAUGCCUGAACUUUGUAUUAUAAUAAACAAAAUCAAAACAGCAAAUGUCUCUUCUUCUAAAGGAGUAUGAAUAUAUUUUACAAUACAUAUAUAUAAUGUCUUCCUUUGAUGACUGUUUUCCGCUAUGGGCAAAAAGAGCUUAUGUUUUUAAGAAAACUAACAACUUGGACACAACAUCAAUUUUAUUCAAGUUUUUGACAAUUUUCUGUGUAUCUUUUACUUGUAUCAUCUGAUGUAUAGUCCCUUUAACUUUGAGCCAUUCUGAAAAAAUCAUGCUUUACAAAAGGUCUGCGCUAAUAUGCUAUUCUGAAGUCAAAUUGUUAUUCAUUGAAAAAAUAACUAAUAUGUUUAAUACAUAAGCGAACACGAAGGUAUAUUUUACUUGAAAUGAUGAAUCGAUAUGUGUAGUGUAACCAUGUUUGAUGGCGGUUAAUUUCAUUUGUAAUGAAUUAUUAAUAUGUAAAUUGUAUCCAUGUUUGAAAGCGAUAACUGGUAUUUGUUAUGUUUUAAAGAUAUUUAUUGUGUUUCAGGGUUUGAAGGGCGUAAUUUACAUUUGUUUUGAUUAAUUUAUUUUUAUUAAGUGUCCGAGUUUAAAGGCGAUAACUUAGUUUUGUUAUGUUUUAAUGAUACUUAUUUUAUAUGCAGAUAUAUGAAGGCAGUAAAUUAUAUUUGUUGUGAUGAAUUGAUUUAAAUUAUGUGAUCAUGUCUGAAGGCGGUAACGAUUAUUUGUAAUGAAUUAACGAUAUUUAUAGUUUAUUCAUAUUUGAAGGCGGUAUCUAUUAUUGGUAAUGAUUUAUCGAUAUGCAUAUAUAUAUUUGUGUAAAUAAAUGUAAUAACAAAUGUAUGCUUUUUGGAGAGUGUGGAAUAAUGCCUUUGUGUAUAUCUUUUUUUUCUAAUUUCAUGAGAUAUAUUGCAUAUUGUUUCGACUGCCCAAUAUAAUAUAUCCCAACAAUGACGCUUAAUGCUUAAGACUUAAGAUAAAGUUGGAUGUGACUGUUGGGUUAAAAUUGUUCAGAACAUGCUAUGUUUGUAUCGCUUUGGAUAUAUAUGGACAUUUCUAAAAGUUGGUGAUGGAAAUAGAUUUCUUAAUAACUUAGCAUAAGGAAGCAUUUUUAAGAUAACAUUACAAUGUUCAAAUCUUAAAUUACAAGUUAAGAUUGGCAGAGAUUAUAAUACCUCUCAGAAAAAAUCGCAUGUGUGUUUAUUGUAAAUAUAAAGAUAAUGUUACUGUUUUACACUGUACGAACAUUGUUUUGUUUAUAUAAAAAUUUAGCGCUGUACGUUCACAGAUUGUAUUUGGUUAGUAUUAAAUGACACAAAUAUAAAUGCCUUUUAUAGUCCAAUAUUAAAUAAGACCAUUCAAAACAUUACAAUAAUUGAGAAAUUAUAUGAAAUUAACUCUUAAAGGGAAGUAAUCAUGUUUGAUAUACAUAAUGUGCUGUUAAUGAUUCAUUCCCGUGUCCUAAUUUAUCAUGUUAUGUUGUUUGCAAUGUAGUUUGGGCUGCUGGCCAGUAUAACAGUAUAACAGUCUAGUAUAACAAUUGACUUGACUUUAGUGUAUUGAUGUUUCAAUGUUGAUGUUUAUUUUAACGAUUUAUGGAUAAAUUCAUUGUAUCCGUAGAUUUCAAGCCUGUCAUAUUUAUUUAUAAAGAGUUAUUUGAAUCCAUAUUUAAAGAUAGCAGCUUUUAUCUGUUAUGACUAAUCGAUAUUUAUAUAAAAUGUAUAUGCUGUCUUUUGUGUUUUAUGUUGGUUUGUCGGUUAAUCUGGUGAGGGUUGUGCUAAUAAUUUGUAUUAUUUGCUUUUUUGCA